GUAUGUUGAAUCACGCACCUGUGUCCUGCCUCUCACACGGAGACCAACUCACCUGCCCAGCAGGAUACUAGGAGAGGUUCACACACACCGAGUCGACGAUGUCCACGUUGAAAGAACUGUGUAUGGGACUACCUCUACACCCACUCCCUGACCGUCGCGACAGGGACGACUCGGUCCCCCACGCACCUGUCCGGACCCCAAGUCUCACACAUGAGGACCAGAGGCUGGCUCUGGAGAACGCUCUGCGGUACUUCCCUCCUGGCCUCCAUGAUGUGCUCGCCCCGGAGUUCGCCCAGGAGCUCCGAGAGUAUGGACACAUCUACAUGUACCGAUUCAGGCCUGAUGUGGAGAUGAGAGCCUACCCCGUCGACGAGUACCCGUCCAGGAGUCGCCAUGCCGCCUCCAUCAUGCACAUGAUCAUGAAUAACCUUGACCCUCACGUGGCACAGUUUCCUCACGAACUCAUCACGUAUGGUGGAAAUGGACAAGUAUUUUCUAACUGGGCUCAGUUCUGGAUCGUAAUGAGCUACCUGUCCAAGAUGACCGAUGACCAGACGCUGGUUCUGUACUCCGGCCACCCCAUGGGGCUCUUCCCCAGCAGCCCCUCCUCCCCCCGACUCGUCGUGUCCAAUGGAAUGGUGGUGCCCAACUACUCGUCCCGAGAGAUGUACGAGAAGAUGUUUGCACUGGGUGUUACAAUGUACGGGCAAAUGACGGCAGGGAGUUUCUGCUAUAUAGGACCGCAGGGCAUCGUCCACGGAACCACGCUGACGGUGCUGAACGCGGCCCGGAAACACAUGGGCACAAACAAUCUGGCUGGCAAGGUGUUUGUGACGUCAGGCCUAGGGGGGAUGAGUGGAGCCCAGGCCAAGGCCGCCGUCAUCUGUGGGUGUGUCGGAGUUGUGGCAGAGGUGAGUCUGGAGGCGAUACGGAAGCGAUACAAUCAGGGCUGGCUGAUGAGGAUCACCGAUGACCUGGACGACUGCGUUGCCAUGAUACGCCAUGCACGGAAAAAGAAGGAGGCGUUUAGUCUUGGUUACCAUGGCAACAUUGUUAGUCUCUGGGAAAGACUGGCCGAUGAAUAUGAACAGACAGGUGACCUACUGGUGGAGCUGGGGUCAGACCAGACGUCGUGCCACAAUCCCUACUUGGGAGGGUACUACCCUGUGCAGGUGCAGUAUGACGAGGCUAGAGAAAUGAUGCACACAGAACCUGGAAGAUUCAAGAUCUUGGUACAAGAGAGUCUACGGCGUCAGGUUGCGGCCAUCAACCGGCUGGCAGAUCGGGGGAUGUCAUUCUGGGACUACGGCAACGCCUUCCUUCUUGAGGCCAGCAGAGCAGGUGCCGAUGUGGGACGCUGCGACAACAUGCACGGCACCGCCUUCAGAUUCCCGUCGUAUGUACAAGACAUCAUGGGCGACAUCUUCUCUUUGGGAUUCGGCCCGUUCAGGUGGGUUUGUGCAUCCGGGGACUCCGAGGACCUCGACAGAACGGACGACAUCGCCGCCAAUGUGCUUGAGGACAUCCUCAAGGAGGAAGUGCCUGAAACAGUUAAACAGCUGUACCAAGACAAUCUUCGGUGGAUCAGAGAAGCCUCUCAACACAAGUUGGUGAGUUGCACGUCUACCUGGGUUUUUAGUGAGGGUAACACUAUCAGAGGUGUGUCAACAAAAGCUGGUGAGUCGCACGUCUACCUGGGGUUUAGUGGGGCUUGUGAGUUGCACGUCUACCUGGGGUUUGGUGGGGGUAACACUAUCAGAGGUGUCUCAACACAAGCUGGUGCGUUGCACGUCUACUGGGGUUUGAUAACUGAAGUGUGUGCUCCGUCUGUUCACAGGGGCGAGGUCAUCAACGGCGGGUUUGGUCUCGUGCUCGAUGGCACCCUGGAUUCUGCCUUGAGAGCCAAGAGAAUGUUAUCAUGGGACGUCAGUAACGGGGUGGCCCGUCGCUGCUGGUCCGGCAACAGUCGUGCUGAGGAGACCAUAUGUCGGGCAAUGGAGUCCGACCCCAAGUUGAAGGUGACGAUACCAUAUCACGUGAAGAACCCCGACAUUAUCGACAAGGCUCUCAAUGGCUAGAGUCAACACGACGAAACUCAGGAAAUCCAAGGAUCCUUACACUGAAACAUACUCCAUCCUGCCGCAUUACAUUACAUGUCUUACAUUACAGCUGGCCAUUGUAACACACGACGUUGCUCUAUCAUCCAUACGUGUAUACAUAUUGUUUGACGCCAUAUUCGGAAAUGGUCAAGCAACAUGACUGUGGUGUGUUGUGAGUAAAGAGUUUUGACCACACAGCUUUGUGACUGACAUCAGAAUUAUGAUACGA